AUGGCCUAUUUCCCGUCCCCCUCCUUCCCCCUUCCCUCCCCACCCCUUCCCCCCUCCCUUCCCCCUCCUUCCCCCCUCCCCACCCCCCCCCCCCCCUUCUUCCCCGCUCUUUCCCCCUUCCUUCCCCCUUCCCUCCCCCUUCCUUCCCCCUUCGUUCCCCCCUCCUUCCCCCCUCCUUUCCCCUCCGCCUCCCCUCUUCCGCUUGCGGAGUGGCCGCUUCCCCCUUAUUUUUCCCCCUUCCCAUCCCCCCGCGUUCGUCCCCCUCCUUCCCCCUUCCUUCCCCCUUCCUUCCCCCUUCCUUCCCCCUCCUUCCCCCUUCCUUCCCCCUCCUUCCCCUCUCUCUCUUGUCCCUCAUUCCCCCCUGCCCCCAUAAUGUCCCAGAAACGUUAUGCACCCCUCAUGACUUCAGCUCUCAUGACCCCUGCUCUCUCGACCCCGGCUCUCCCCUCAUUUUCCUGCUCUCCCCUCGUCGUCCCCACUCUCCUCUCAUCGCCCCCGCUCUCCCCUCUUUUUCCUGCUUUCUCUUCCACUUCCUUCCCCCUUAUCUCCAUCCGCUGGCCCCUUGAUCCCCCAUCUCUCUCCCUCCCCGAUUUUUCCUCCACCUCUUCACUCACCCUCAUCUCUCCUCCCUAUCUCCGCACUCCCCCCCAUUCACCUUCCUACUCUUCUCUCCCCCCCCCAACCCUCCCCCCCCGAGUUGCAAUAUCAGCUGCUGCAGCAUCUCGCGCUUACAAUCUUCUACCCCACAUUUUCCUCCCCUCCCCUCUCCCCCCCACCCCCCACCCACCCCCCUCCCCCAUUAUCUCCCCUCAUCUCCCUCACCCCACACCUACCUUCCCACAACCUAACCACCCCGCAUCCACCCACGGCUCCCAUCACCUUUCCCUCACUCACUCCUCAUAUUCCGCCGCCCUCCCCUCACCUUCCCCUCUCACCUCCUCAUCUCUCCCACUCACUCACCCCUCAUCUCGUCCCAACCACUCGCCGCAAGUUAUAGCAGCUUGCAGCGAUCGAACCCCUUUCCACCAACACUAG